UGUGUCGCGUUAGAGACUAGUGUACUGUUAGCGUUCAUAGAGUAAUGCUGAACGCCAUAAUUUUGAAGUCACAUUGUCGCAUUAAGAAUAACUCAUUUUGAAAGAAGUGUUUGAUUUCGGAUAUUUUUCAACAAUGUCCGAUCCGAGUAGCAACGGCAGAGGUCCAGUUCCGCCGAGAUGGCUGCACUGCCCUCGAAAAUCCAUGAAUUUAAUACACAACAAAUUUGUUGCUUUCAAAACACCGUUAUCCUCGGAUUUCGACGAUCAGGUACCAGACGAAUGUCGCUUCACAGUUGAUAUGUUGAUUAACAGUUUACGAAGCUCUAGGAUAAAAUUAGGUUUAUGGAUAGAUCUAACGAACACCAGUAGAUUUUAUGACAGACAAGAAGUGGAAGCGCACGACAUAAAAUAUUUGAAGCUGCAGUGUAAAGGACACGGUGAAACACCAUCCAGAGAGCAAACGAUGGCUUUCAUUCAAGUGUGUAGAAAUUUUAUAGCGCAGCAUCCUUUGGAUAGCAUAGGGGUUCAUUGCACUCAUGGGUUCAAUCGGACUGGAUUUCUUAUUGUUAGUUAUCUCACUGAAACAGACGAAUGCAGUGUAGAUGCAUCUUUGAGUGAAUUUGCUACAGCUAGACCUCCUGGGAUUUACAAGAAAGAUUAUAUUGAUGAAUUAUUUGCUAGAUAUGAUGAUAUUGACGAUGCGAUUGAACCUCCACAACUUCCUGCUUGGUGCUUAGAAUACGAUGACACAGAUCAAGAUGAAGACUCAGGCGAGCCACAACGAAAGAAGUUUAAGAAAGAGACAUUUAAUAAAAAUCCUAUAUUCAUGGCUGGUGUUCCUGGGGUAAAACCUAUCCUGGAUGUUCAAGUAGCAACAGGAAUAUGCAGACGAGUUCAACAAAUUUGUCAUUGGGAUAGUACUGGUUUUCCAGGGUCUCAACCAGUAUCUAUGGAUGUACAAAAUAUUGAGUUCCUACAUUCUAAGCCUUACAGAGUUUCAUGGAAAGCUGAUGGGACUAGGUAUAUGAUGUUUAUUCAAAGUGGUGGACAAGUUUAUUUCAUUGAUCGAGACAAUAGUGUUUUUCAAGUCAGUGGAUUAACAUUCAGAAACAUUCAUGAUAGUAAUAAAUUAUUGAAAGAUACUUUAUUGGAUGGUGAAAUGGUUAUAGACAAAGAUAAAAACAGAGAAUAUCCUAGAUAUUUGGCAUAUGAUGUUAUCAUGUAUGAUGGCAAAGACGUUAGUAAAUUGUAUUUUUAUCCCGACCGAUAUAGCAUUAUAGAAAAACAAAUCAUAGCAGGAAGACAUGAAGCCAUGAAGACGGGUAAAAUAAUUAAAGAGAGAGAACCCUUUUCCGUUAGAUUAAAACAAUUCUGGGAUAUAACACAAGCAUCUAGUUUACUUGGUGAAAAAUUUACAAAGCAACUAGGUCAUGAACCAGAUGGUUUAAUUUUUCAACCUAGUAAAGAGCCUUACACAGGAGGACCAUGCUCAGACAUUUUGAAAUGGAAGCCAGCUUCUCUAAAUUCAGUGGAUUUCAGAUUAAAAAUAGUUACUGAAACUGGAGAGGGAAUAUUAAAAAAGAAAAUUGGUGAAUUGUAUGUAGGACAAUUGGAUCGUCCAUUUUGUACAAUGAAAUACACAAAGCAAUUAAAAGAUUUAAACAACAAAAUAAUUGAGUGCAAACGAGAAAAUGACCAGUGGAUAUUUAUGAGAGAGAGAACAGACAAAUCUUUUCCAAACUCAUAUAAAACAGCAAAAGCUGUGUAUGCUUCUAUUAUGGAUCCAGUGACAAAAGAAAAGCUUCUUGCUUACAUAGAAAAUCACAGAUUUUCUAACGAUGAUACAGACCUUAUGCCACCUCCAAAAAAUAAGCAUAGAUAACUAACGAACAAUUUAUAAUAAGUUCAAUUAUUAUAUUCUGUUACUGUAAUGAAACAUUUUCAUUAAGAUUAACUGACAAAUGCAUACUAAGUUUUGGUUGUAAUUGGUAUGUUUUGUAAAUAUUUUUUUGCUUUCUUGUACAUUAUUGAUAUAAUGAUCUAGUAAACAGCAGUUUUGUGUUUUAUAAUUGUAUUGAAGUGUUUUAAUUCAAUAAUAGUCUUGUGCCAUAUCAUA